ACCACCCUAGUAGAAGAAACACUACAAGAACACAAACAAGAACAUGCCACAUAUUCUCAUCAUCACACAACCUCCAAUGCCACCUUAUUCUAUCUUCCAUUCCCAAUUCCUUUUUCCCAUCAAGCACAUGCAAAUCCCAAUUACUUCCUAGUGCACUCCUCUUACUCAUCACAAUCAAACAAAACCCAAAAUCCAAUAUUUUAAUCAAAGUCUAUUAAUUUAGUAAAAAAAAUUUCCAAACAUUACAGCAAAGAACCACCUUUUACUCUUUCCUUAAUAAACAAACACAAUUUAAUGUAAAUCAGUUAUUGUUCUUUUUCUCCAUUCUCAACAAUCACUCCCAAAAUCUUCUCUUUCUCUUUCUAAAAACUCUCUUUUCUCUCUCUCUCUCUCUCUCUCUACAAUGGCUACUCUUCAAGACCUUGGUGUAUCAGCUGCCAUCAACAUACUAUCAGCUUUUGCUUUCUUGUUAGCAUUUGCUUUACUAAGAAUUCAACCAAUUAAUGACAGAGUUUAUUUCCCAAAAUGGUAUAUCAGUGGUGGAAGAAGCAAUCCAAGAAGUUCUGGAAAUUUUGUUGGAAAAUUUGUCAACCUUAAUGUCAAAACUUAUUUGACUUUUCUUAAUUGGAUGCCUCAAGCUUUGAGAAUGAGUGAAACUGAGAUUAUUAAUCAUGCUGGUCUUGAUUCUGCUGUUUUUCUCAGAAUUUAUACUCUUGGCUUAAAGAUGUUUCUUCCGGUGACAAUUGUGGCACUCCUCAUUCUUAUUCCAGUCAAUGUAUCAAGUGGAACAUUGUUUUUCCUAAGAAAAGAAUUGGUAGUGAGUGAUAUUGAUAAACUCUCAAUCUCAAAUGUUCCACCUAAAUCUCUAAGAUUUUUUGUUCACAUAGGAUUGGAAUACAUGUUCACAAUCUGGAUUUGUUUUCUGCUCUACAAGGAGUAUGAUAAUAUCGCGUUAAUGAGGCUGCAUUUCUUGGCCUCACAACGCAGGCGUGCGGAGCAAUUUACGGUAGUAGUAAGGAAUGUCCCUCAUAUUUCUGGUCACUCGGUAUCAGAUUCUGUGGACGGCUUCUUUCAAACAAACCACCCAGAUCAUUAUAUUGGACACCAGGCUGUCUACAAUGCAAACAGGUUUGCUAAAUUUGUGAGAAAAAGAGAUAGAUUCCAAAAUUGGUUGGACUAUUACCGCCUAAAGUUUCAGAGGAAUCCAGAUAAGAGACCAACGAUGAAGACCGGAUGUUUAGGGCUUUGGGGUAGGAAAGUUGAUGCUAUUGAGUACUAUGAUCAGCAUAUCAAAGAACUUGAUAAACUGAUGACAUUGGAGCGCCAAAAGAUUAUAAAAGAUCCCAAAUCUAUUUUGCCAGUGGCUUUUCUUUCAUUCAAUUCGCGUUGGGGAGCAUCAGUAUGUGCACAAACCCAACAAAGCAAAAACCCUACACUCUGGUUGACUGAUUGGGCUCCAGAGCCACGUGAUAUAUAUUGGCGAAACUUGGCCAUACCAUUUGUUUCUUUAACCGUCCGAAAACUUAUAAUAACAUUAUCAGUGUUUGCCUUGGUAUUCUUCUACAUGAUUCCCAUUGCUUUUGUGCAAUCCCUUGCAAAUUUGGAUGGUCUUGAACGAGUUGCGCCUUUCCUCAGACCAGUAAUAGAAUUGAAAUUCAUCAAGUCCUUUCUACAAGGUUUUCUUCCUGGUUUGGCCCUCAAAAUAUUUUUAUAUAUUCUGCCUACAGUUCUCAUGAUUAUGUCAAAGAUUGAAGGAUAUAUUGCAUUAUCGACACUUGAACGGAAGACAGCGGCAAAAUAUUAUUACUUUAUGCUUGUGAAUGUUUUCUUGGGAAGCAUAAUAACUGGAACUGCAUUUGAGCAACUGCAUGCUUUUCUUCACCAGUCACCUACACAAAUACCUAGAACAAUUGGAGUUUCCAUUCCAAUGAAGGCUACCUUCUUUAUGACGUACAUAAUGGUUGAUGGCUGGGCUGGAAUUGCCGGUGAAAUUCUCAGAUUAAAGCCAUUGGUUAUAUAUCAUCUCAAGAAUGUGUUCAUAGUUAAAACUGAGAGAGAUCGAGGAAAGGCCAUGGAUCCUGGGAGUGUGGACUAUCCCGAAACUCUGCCAAGCCUUCAAUUAUAUUUCCUUCUUGGCAUUGUGUAUGCCGUGGUGACUCCAAUCCUUCUUCCUUUCAUACUAGUCUUCUUCGCCUUCGCAUAUUUGGUUUAUCGCCAUCAGAUAAUCAAUGUCUACAAUCAACAGUAUGAAAGUGCUGCUGCAUUUUGGCCACAAGUUCACAGCCGCAUUAUCGCAAGCUUAAUAAUAUCACAGCUGCUUCUGUUAGGCUUGCUUAGCACCAAAAAGGCAGCUAGGUCUACACCUUUGCUUGUGUUAUUACCAAUAUUGACAUUUGCAUUUCACAAGUAUUGCAAGAAUCGUUUCGAGCCAGCAUUUAGGAAGUACCCCGUCGAGGAAGCAAUGGCCAAGGAUGUAUUGGAGAAAACAACAGAACCUGACCUAAACAUAAAAGCAUAUUUAGCAGAUUCUUACUUGCAUCCAAUCUUAAGAUCAUUUGAAGUUGAAGAAGAGGAAUUAGUUGAACUCGAAACGGUUCAAGUGAGAGUAGAUAAACUCGAAACUCAUCAUGUUGCUAGUCAAACAAGGAGUGAAUCAAGUUCACCUUCACCACCACAUGACGUUCAUCAUCAACAUUCACCACCACAUCAUGUCCAUCAACAUCAACCUUCACCACCUCAUUACAAUGACUACCCUUUACCACCUGAGUAUUAUUACCAUCAUACAUCCCCUCCACAUUACAACUAUCAAUAUCAAGAUCAACCUUGAAUUGAUCUAGGUUACCAAUUAUAAAGUUGCUCGAGAACCUUGGUGUUUUUCUUUUUAAUAUAUAUUUUGACUUAGAUAUGUGAUUUGGCCAUUUACCUAUUGCAAUUGUAAAUUAUCAAAUUUAGUUUCUCUUUGAUGUAAAUGUUAUGACUUAUGACUUCUUUUAAAUUAGGUGGGAUAAAAAGUAGGAAGAUUUUACUUGAUCAAGUUGCUUGAAAGUUGAAUCAUCUCAUUUUUGUUGGUUGAUUA